CUUAUGCCUGCCCCUUGCGCCCUUGCUUUACUCUGUUCAUCUCUCUAUUCUGCUUCCGGAUUUCUCUACAUUCCAGCCCUGUUCAUCUUCUUCUCUUGUCUUGCCAAACCUUUCUCGUCCGCACUGUUUCAUCAAGAAAUCAUGCUUCUUAAAACUACCGCUGCCUCUUCUCUCUCUCUCUCCAAUGCUAAUGGCGACCAUCUAGGCUCUCUGUUUUCGCGGUUUAACUCGUCUGCUUCUCUGUCCUCCAUUCUCCCCUUCUCUCCUGGGAAAAAUGCAAGUGGUUUGGUGCUUUGUGCCUCUAAAAGUGGGAACAAUCGACCCCUUACCGGAGUUGUCUUUGAACCCUUUGAAGAGGUUAAAAAGGAGCUCAGUCUUGUUCCCGACGUCCCUCAAGUUUCUCUUGCUCGACGGAAUUUUUUGGACGAGUGUGAGGCUGCUAUCAACGAGCAAAUCAAUGUGGAGUACAACGUCUCCUACGUUUACCAUGCAAUGUUUGCUUAUUUUGAUAGGGAUAAUGUCGCUCUCAAGGGUCUUGCCAAGUUUUUCAGGGAAUCAAGUGAAGAAGAAAGAGGUCAUGCUGAGAAAUUGAUGGAAUACCAGAAUAAAAGGGGUGGGAGAGUAAAGCUGCAGUCUAUUGUGAUGCCACUUUCUGAGUUUGAUCAUGAGGAAAAGGGAGAUGGCCUUUAUGCUAUGGAGCUUGCUCUAUCAUUAGAGAAGUUAACUAAUGAGAAGCUCCUAAACUUGCACAGAGUUGCCACAAAAAACAAUGAUGUGCAGUUGGCAGAUUUCGUUGAAAGCGAGUUUUUGGGUGAACAGGUUGAGGCCGUUAAAAGAAUGUCCGAGUAUGUCGCUCAGCUCAGAAGAGUGGGCAAGGGGCACGGUGUUUGGCACUUUGAUCAGACGCUGCUCCACGAGGAAGCUGCUCGUGGAGUUGCUGCUUAAAGAUUUUUUUUCCCCCAAUUUUGCUCUCGUCCUCUGGCCAAUUCUCUCUAGAUUCUUUGUAUGGAGUAGAGUAGUCUAUGUACUUGCAGUGUUUUGGCUGGGGGGUAUUGAACUGAAAGCUGCAAAAUUGGACGUUGAAUAAUUUUGUCACUUUUAUUGUCAAAUAAGAUUAUGUCUGGUUGUUGUCUGGUCUUUUUAAUUGAACCAUUCCUAGUGAAUGCAAUUAGACACUUUUAAUGAAA